GGAUGCUGUUGGUAUUAUCAAUGUAUACAGACAAAUAAAACUGCUAAGAAUUCGUCAGAAGCCGAAAUUGACGAUAUGCUCAAAAGAAGGGGUGGAUUAGCUAUACUCAACCAAAUCAUACAGCUCAACCGCUUGCCCGUACCGUUUUUUGCCUCUGGAGGAAUUACCACGCCUGUAGAUGUGGCGCAUGUUCGGCGUGCCGGGUGCGAUGGAGUCAUCGCCAGCACUAUAAUCUUCAAUGGCUUGGAUCCUGUCAAGCGCGCUGCUGCUAUUGUCAGCGCGUGCAAAAAUUUCAACGACAACAAGCUUAUAGGUGAGCUGUCGAAGGACUUUAAGCAGGUACAAAGAGAAGAAUGAAG